UAAUUCAAAUGUGUAGCCUAGCCUGUUUCAUUUUAUUAUUAUUAUUUAGUAGCAUAUUGAAUAGGGCCAGUUAUUUUAGAGAAUUAGAAACGUGAUUUUAACUGAAAAUGUAUGGAAAGAAGAUAUUUUCAAGAGCUGCGUUCAGACUAACCUGCUCCACAUGUGACACCAGUCCGCUUGUGAUUGUGUUCCCUUCUUCUUUAUAUUUUCCUAUGUUACUAUCGCUCUUCCCAGUGGUGCUGCUGUCAGUGAGCGCCGUUCUGGUUGACGGCGUCGCCUCUCAGCUCCGGACUUUCAGAGACACGGACCGGACCACCGGCAUGACGGUGGUCUGUGAUAAGUGCCCCCCUGGAACCUUUAUGAAGGCACGCUGCACGUCUACGCACAAAAGCGAGUGCGCGCCGUGUCCGCAGGGGUCGUUCACGGAGCUGUGGAACUACAUCGGCAAGUGCCUGCGCUGCGGGGCGUGCGGCCAGAACCAGGUGGAGAAGACGGCGUGCAGCGCGGAGAGAGACUGCCAGUGCGAGUGUAAAAAGGGAUAUUACUACAAGAAGAAUUACGACAUGUGCUUCCUCCACAGCGAGUGUCCACCCGGACAAGGGGUGUUGACUCAAGGUACAGCUGAUGAGGACACUGUGUGCCACACUUGUCCCAACGGGUCCUACUCCGACACUGUCUCUGCUCACCAGAACUGCACAGAGCACACAAUCUGCAAAGAUGCAGGACUGGAGCUGGUGCUGAAGGGCUCCAUCUGGCACAACAGUGUGUGCACGAGCAACGAAGAGCUCAAAUCCAGAAACGGUGGUGACUAUCUCAAAGAAAUCCUUCCGACUUUCUUCGUUCACCAGAAAAUGUCGCUUAGGCGGCUGCGUCAGAUCUUGCACAGGCUUCCAUCUGAGGACAGAAAAAAACAGGGAGGAACUUCAGGACUUAACUACUCGCAACUUAAUGUAAGGAUCAAUACUUGGGUAACUUCUGCCACAGGGAAGCAGAUUCAGCAGCUUCCGGAGAUUCUGAACCAAACAGGAGCAAUCAGCGCUGGUGAGAAACUACAGAAGAAGCUGCGGAGAAUCAACUCUCGUCUGAGUGAGCUGUGUUCUUUGGGGAAUGAGGUGGAUGUACUUGUCAGAGGAGGCUGAAGUAGAAAAUACCUUCUUCUACAUUUCAAAGAGUUUGAUAGGUCCAAUAGUUCAAAAAUGACUGCACUAUUCAAGAUACACUGUUAUUUUCACCAGGUUUUAGUACUUAGCAUUAGUUAAAGGAGAAUACCAGUUAGAGGAAAAGUUAAUUACCUCCCAUCUGCAUCUAGAUAAUGAACAUUCCCUCAUUUUUCAGUGCUUUUCAGUUUUUCUUGUUUUUCCUUCUUAAAAUAGACCAAACAAUCCAAAUUUGUUUGUCACCUAAUGUGAAAUGGCCUGCUCUCCUGUGUAACCAAAUUUUAGAAACUUUAAAUGUUAUUUAAAUAAACUAUGCAAAGCAACAUGAUUUGGAGAAAACUUCAUUUCAUGUCAGGUGAUUGACAGGAAUAAUGUAAUGUAAUAUAAUGCAGAUGUAAUAUUUAGAAGAAAAAUGUCCUUUCACCAGAUUUUGGUUCUCCCAAGUACAUUACUGACAUCUACAGAUUAAAUUACCUUUAUAAGAUCAUAUGUGCACCAUACUAGAUAAGAUACUACUGUAUGUUGCACCUGGGUAUCCAAAACACAAAAUACAGUCAUUUUAUUUGUGGGAGUUAAAACAGAGAGAACCUACACAAUUGAUGCUUAAAAUUUUAAACUUAAAAAUAAAAAUACUGGUAUUACCCUUCAAAGAAGAAAAAGUGUUGGCCUAGAGUACAUCUACCUCCUCCUAUGUCUGCAGUUAAACACCGACAUGGCACUGGCCCUGCUAAUUUCAGUGGUUUCAUUUUCAUGGGAGCUGAGAUCUUAAUUUAUUGCUAUUUAUAUGAACGAGGCAAGUUUUGUUAGAGUGAGAGGGUUGUAUUUUUGUUGGUAGAUGAAUACAAUUUUAUGCAAGUGAAGCUGGAAUAUGUGUGGCUGCUUUUGAAUGACGCAUAAAUAAAAAUGAUCACAAAUGAAAUCGGUUGUAAUCGGGUUUUUUUAACAGUUUCUCUAUUAAUAAUAAUAAGAAAAAUUACGCAGAAACAACCUAGCAUACCAAGACAAGGCAAAAAUCCAGAUACAGAUCAGAGGAAGUUUUGUUUGAUGGACAUUAUUCCUAAUCAUGAAAAAAAUAAAAAUUCUAUUCGAGAAAUUAUUCUAUGAAAGUAGGACAUACUUAGUCUUUUUACCGCAACAGUUUUAACAAUGGCAGCCAAGAAAAGCAAACUAUAGACUGUAGAUUAACUAUGAUUCAUGGAACAAAUCCUAAAUGAGUGGGCAAUGUGUUAUUUGGAAAAUAAUGAAGAAACAGAUGGAAUAGCUGAUGGAACAAUUAAUAAACUGAACACAACAAAUAUCCUUCAGUGUAUCUUCUAUCAGUAUUACAGACUCCAUAUUUAGUUUGUAAAUGGGAAGAAAAAUGUAAUUCUUUUUCUCUAACAUCACCAAUAGUGCCAAAAAUGCACAUAGUCUAUUUGGUAUUGUGUUUCCAUCUGUUUGUUGAUGGACUUGCUCAAAAGAGUCACUAACUCUAACAUCAGGUCAUUUUGGCUACAGGCUACCUAAAACCUUGGACUUUUCUGCAAAAUGAGCAGCCUGGAUACUCUUGAUUUAGCAUUAAAAUGCUUAAACAAAAUAUUAAAUCCCUUGUGAUAAUAUGCAGAUGACAUCCAAUUCUUUCUGCAUGUCCUCUGAACAAAUCGGUGAUUGGGUGUGCCAGAAAUUCCUUCAGUCAAACACCGAGAAAACAGAAAUAAUUGUCUCGAGACUCAGCACAACUUCAGCUCAUUUGGCAUGCUGCUCUAAAUUCUAAACAAAGACAAAGUGAACAGAUCACACCUGUGCUCAGGUUUCUGCACUGGUUUCCAGUGUUCAGUUGCACAUAGGUUAAACUACUGCGUUUAAUCUAUAAAUCACUCAAUGAUUUAGUACCAAAACACAAUACUCUGAAUGACUGUCUUUUACCAUAUGUAAAAAAAACAAAACAACAACCUUAUGUUAACCACUGCCUCUCAGGGUCUUCCUUGCACUUGUAUUUACUUGUAUAUUUUCUAUUGCUUUUGUUUUUAAUAUGUGUUUUAAUGUUUUUUCUAUAUUUUCUGUUUAACGUUUUAAAUGUGUUAUGUAAAGUACGUAGA